AUGGAGAUCAAAUAUGCUAAGUUUCUCACCUGCAUUGAUACCACUGUGCGUUAUUGCUCAUGUAUUCCUGUGCAAAACCUGAAGACUGACCCUGUAUUUGAAGCAUUGGAUAAGAUAUUCCGCCGCUACAACAAGGCAGGCUUUCAAGUCAAGAUCAUCAAGUGUGAUCGGGCGAUCAUUCCUCUCACAGAUGAUAUGCUAGACGACAUGGGUGUUACUAUUGACCCUACUGCAGCUGGAGACCACGAGCCUACCGCUGAGCAAAACAAUAGGACGCUGAAAGAAAGGGUCAGAGUAGCUCUUGCACAAUUACCCUACAAAGUGGUCACAAAAGUGAUCACUGAAUGUCUUGGACGUCGAGCAGCCGAGCUAUUGAAUUUCUUUCCCCAGAAAGACAGUAUCUCAUCACAUUUCAGUCCUCAGCAACUCAUUGAUAAUGUCAAUAUCAACUACAGGAGUGACAUGGUUGCUGAACUUGGACAAUAUGUUCAUGCAAUUGGGACAGAUUCCAACAAUUUGAUGGAACCCCGAAGUAUCAAAGCGAUUUACAUUGAACAUACAAAGGGACAAUGUACUGGGCACCAAGUGCUCAGCCUCAAUACUAAGGAGAUGAUUUCCCGACUUAAGGUCGUUGCACUACCCGUUACCUAG